AUCAUCUUAAUUUGCAUAGGCGCGGGGAUAAAACCGCCCCGCCAGCGAGCGUCUUUUAUACUGGCGUGCGGAGCGGCGGCAGCAGCGAGUGGCGGGGCUGAGCAUCACCGCGCAGCGACACCGAGUCACCUGCCAACAUGUCCGACAAACCCGAUAUGGCCGAGAUCGAGAAAUUUGACAAGUCCAAAUUGAAGAAGACAGAGACGCAAGAGAAAAACCCACUGCCUUCAAAAGAAACAAUUGAACAGGAGAAGCAAGCGGGUGAAUCGUAAUGAAAUCUUCCCUUCCAAAUUAUGCACUGUACAUUCCACAAGCAUUGCCUUCUUAUUUUACUUCUUUUAGCUGUUUAACUUUGUAAGAUGCAAAGAGGUUGGAUAAAGUUUAAAAUGACUGUACUGCCCCUUUCACAUCAAAAGAAUAGAGAGAACUACUGACACUGAAUGAAGGCGCUGCCUUUCCCGCUGCCUGUCUGGCUUUGGUCCUGGUGGCAUGAAAGAGCUUGCAUGUUGAUGAAAGAAGAA